CCCGCGGCGUCUGGGCGGCUGCAGCAGGCUGAUGGCGGGGACCGGAGGCGCCAGGGCCGCGCUCUCCUCCCCGGGCGGCGGGGGACCGCUGGGGCUGGAGCUGGGGCGGAUUCAGGGACCCGCGGGCGGGCCCUACUCGCCGCCGCCCUCCUCCUGCUCGCGGCAGGCCUGGAGUCGGGACAACCCGGGCUUCGAGCCGGAGGAGGCGGCGGCGGCGGCGGCGGCGGCGGGGGGGCCGGUGCUGCGGAUGGAGAUGGACGUGGAGUGGGGCAGCCGCGGGGCCGCCUCCUCCCCCUCCCCCGGCGCCAGCAGCGCCCGGGGCCCGGCCGGGGAGCCUGACAGCGGCCGGCGGCGGCGCCGGCGCGGGGAACGCGGCGUGGGGGCGGCUCCGUGUCCCAGCCCCGCCGGGGGGGACCCGCUGGCCCCGCACCUGCCCCCGGACGGGGCCCCUCUGCCCCGUCGAACCGCCUGGGCCAAGCGGCUGGCGCGCCGCCUGCGAGGUCUGUGGGGUACAAGAUUGAUGGAAGAAAACACUAGCAGAGAGAGAUACCUGAAAAGUGUUUUACGAGAACUAAUCACAUAUAUGAUUUUCCUUGUGGUCUUGUGUGUCUUGACUUAUGGGAUGGUGAGUUCCAGUAUGUACUAUUACACUAGGGUAAUGUCACAGCUCUUCCUGGAAACACCUUUAUCGAAAAUGGAGAAAACCAAUUUCAAAACCCUAUCCACCAUGGAGGACUUCUGGAAGUUCACAGAAGGCCCUUUGCUGGAUGGGCUGUACUGGGAGAUGUGGUACAACAAUAAAACCAUGGCAGAAAACAAAAGUUUCAUUUAUUAUGAGAAUCUGCUUUUGGGGGUGCCUCGUGUUCGGCAGCUGAAAGUGAGAAAUGGGACAUGCUCGAUACCUGAGGACUUAAAAGAUGAAAUUAAAGAGUGCUAUGACGUUUAUUCUGUUGCUAAUGAAGAUACUGCUCCUUUUGGGCUCCGAAAUGGAACAGCUUGGACUUACACCAAUGAACAAGAUUUGAAUGGGAGCAGCCACUGGGGGUUGAUUGCCUCAUACAGUGGGGCUGGUUAUUAUCAAGAUCUGUCACGAAGCAGAGAGGAGACAGCCACACAGAUUGCUAACCUUAAGAAAUACUUGUGGCUGGAUAGAGGGACAAGAGCAGCCUUUAUUGAUUUCUCUGUGUACAAUGCGAACAUCAAUCUAUUCUGUAUUGUCAGGUUAUUAGUGGAGUUUCCAGCAACAGGCGGCCUCAUUACAUCUUGGCAGUUUCAGCCAGUGAAGCUUAUCCAUUACAUUUCUAGUUUUGAUUUCUUCCUGGCAGCCUGUGAAAUGGCCUUUUGUCUCUUCACCCUUUAUUAUAUUGUAGAAGAGAUCUUGGAAAUUCGCAUCCAUAAACUGCAUUACUUCAGGAGUCUCUGGAAUUGUCUUGAUAUCCUUAUCAUUGUGCUAUCCGUAGCAGCUAUAGGAAUUAACAUAUAUAGAAGGUCAACAGUGGACAUGUUACUGAAGAAGCAGCUGGAAGAUCAAAACGCUUUCCCCAAUUUUGAACCUUUGGCAUAUUGGCAAAUACAAUUCAACAACAUUGCUGCCGUCACUGUGUUUUUUGUCUGGAUUAAGCUCUUCAAAUUUGUCAGCUUCAACAGAACAAUGAGCCAGUUAUCCACCACCAUGUCUCGCUGUGCCAAAGAUGUCAUUGGCUUUGCUAUUAUGUUUUUCAUUAUUUUCUUAGCAUAUGCUCAGCUGGCUUACCUUGUGUUUGGCACUCAAGUUGAUGACUUCAGUACUUUCCAGGAGUGUGUCUUUACUCAGUUCCGCAUCAUUUUGGGAGACUUUAACUUUACAGAGGUUGAAGAAGCUAACAGAGUUUUGGGACCAAUUUAUUUCACUACAUUUGUGUUCUUUAUGUUCUUCAUUCUUUUGAACAUGUUUUUGGCCAUUAUCAAUGAUACUUAUUCAGAGGUCAAAUCCGAUAUGGCCCAGCAGAAGGCGGAAAUGGAACUGUCCGAUCUUAUCAAAAAGGGAUACAAUAAAGCCAUGAUUAAACUUAAAUUGAAAAAAACUACUGUUGAUGACAUUUCAGAGAACUUGCAACAAGGUGGGGGCAAGUUAAACUUUGAUGAACUACGACAGGAUCUCAAGGGGAAGGGUCACACAGAUGCAGAGAUUGAAGCAAUAUUUACGAAGUACGACCAGGAUGGGGACCAGGAAUUGACAGAACAUGAACAUCAGCAAAUGAGAGAUGAUCUAGAGAAAGAGAGGGAGGAUCUGGAUCUGGACAGGAGCUCUCUACCACGUCCAAUGAGUGGUCGAAGCUUCCCUCGCAGUCUGGAUGACUCUGAAGAAGACGAUGAUGAGGACAGUGGACACAGCUCUAGAAGAAGAGGUAGCAGCUCUAGUGGGGUUUCAUAUGAAGAGUUCCAAGUGUUGGUGAGACGAGUGGAUCGCAUGGAACAUUCCAUAGGCAGUAUUGUUUCCAAAAUUGAUGCUGUUAUUGUAAAGCUUGAGGCAAUGGAGCGGGCCAAACUAAAAAGGAGAGACGUUUUGGGAAGACUGCUGGAUGGAGUUACAGAGCUGCUACACAACAGUACCUUUACCUCUUGUUCAGAAGAUACAGUGCCGGGUUUAGUCCAAAGCCAUACUAUGGAUGAAAGAUUGGGACGUGACAAUGAAAUCCACAGGGAACAAAUGGAGAGGUUAGUACGAGAGGAACUGGAGCGUUGGGAAUCGGAUGACACAGCUUCCCAAAUGAGCCACCGCUUGGGAACACCACUUGGACUGAAUAGCCAGCCUCGUUCUAGGAAUUCCCGUCCAUCCUCCUCUCAGUCAAUAGAAGGCAUUGAUGGAAGUGGAGGAGGGAAUGACGGGAGCAACAUCCAUGUGUAAUAUUAUUUGUCAAUGGGUUGUUUUAAAAUUUCAGUCCUGUAUUAUAACAGCAAAUACGCUAUUUACUAUUUGUUUUCCAAAAACAGUGAUGAAUGUUAAAGCUACCAGUGUCCCCACCUGGGGAUUGAUCAGUAGGCCAUAGGGACAUCUAAUCUACAACCACUGUGUCAGCAGCUGACAGAUGUAGAGUUGGCAUAACCUACUUACCCCACUAAAUAGGGUGAUAUUCCCAUUGCCACCUACACUGGCUUUAGGACCAUAAUCCACCAGUAGCAUUGCUUAAAGUGGCUGCACUUAUAGGAUCUGUGCCCCCCAGAGGGUUUUACAGUUUCCCUGUCUUCAUUCAGUAAAUGCAGCUGUUUUUUUUCUAAGUACUCCCACCUUAAAGCUUAAUGCUUGCUAUGCAGCAGGAGCUCAUUUUGGUUAUGUAAAAUAGGACUGUAAGAAUCUACUUUCCCAUUAUGUAAUGUUGGAAAUUAGUUUCAAAGUUGUUGAAGUAAGUCUCUUCUAAAAGUUUGGAUUAAUCGUUAGCCAAAAAUGCAUUUAACUUCUCAACUCAAAGGCUUAGAUUUCCAGUGCUUUAUAAUGGAAAAUAUUAUUCUUAAAUUCCUAUUCUAAAAUAUAUUAAUAAGGUGACUUCCUAUAUAGUUAUUCCCGUUAAUUAUAUUUGACACCACUUACAAACAAGUAACACAAUCUCUUUCUUCUUCUGGAGUUUUCCUUUAGUGUGCUAAGAUUUUUUUAAAUUAAUUUAAAAGUAACAUUCCCUAUGUAUCAGUGCACUAUUGCCUUUUUUCUCUGACAGAAGGUCGUGUUUAGUUCAUUUUUAUUACGAAGUAGAAGCAUAUGCAAGUGACAUUGUACUUUUAGUGUUUUAAAAGUAGUUCUUUGGGAACUUCUUUACACAUGAGAGACAAGGUGGGUAUGGUAAUAUCUUUUAUUGGAUCAAUGUCUGUUUACACUUAACUAAUGUGAUCAUUGUUGUCUUUGUGUCUGUCCAUAGCUGGCUUUUAGGGUCAAAUUUCCAAAUAGGAAGUUCUCUGAGCUCCGUGUCCAAAACUGAACCUACCCUUUCUACAAUUACAUGCAGAAAUUAGGUAAACAUUAGAUAAGUUGUGAAAAACAUCAAUGAAUCUUGGGGGAAGCAGGGGUAGAGAGAAACUGACAUUUUGAACAUUUCUGACUAGCUCUAGCCAAGUAUUCAUUCCAAUUCAAAGGCAGGGGCCUAAUUAGCUUCUUAUGUAUGCACUUACCUGACCUGCAUGAGCAAUUGGAGGUAUAUUUCUGCAUGUACACUUUUUUAUGUAGGGAACUUCACUGCAACUUGAAAUUGUAGUCUUUAGGAUAACCAGCACUUUUUGGUACAAGACUUGUUGGAUUUGAGACUGCGGUAGAGCUUUGAAGCAGCAACAGCACUGACAGUGAUUUGAGUUUGCUAUACAGAAAAUUAGAGGCAAAUAUGUACAAUUUUUGAUAGCAUAUAUUUAGAUAUAGUGAAAUAUGGGAGUCUUCACUUAAGCUGACAGUUGCCUUAAGACUUAUUGUAGGUUUAAAGGGGAACGGAAAACUUAAUACUCAGAUGAAGUACACAGUAUUCUAAGUGCAUAGAUUUGUAGGAUGUAAGAAGGAAAAUGUCCAUGCCAAAGGAUAAGAAGCCUUUUUAUUGAUGCUGGUGGUUUUCAUGUUGUGCUUAUUAUAGGAAUUGCUUCCUGUAAUUAACCUUAAGAACCUUAUAUUCUUGUGUUAGUAUUUUUGGUUUGGUAUUGGAUCAAAUACACCUCCAAAUAUUGCAGAGUUUCCCCAUAUCUAUAUAUACCAGCACUUGUUGUCCUGUUACGGUGUCAUCCAAGACACAUUCCAUAUGAUCAAAGCACUUGUCCUUGAUAAAAACAAAACUUUUCAUAUGUUAAAGUUACGAGAAAGUGCAUGUUGAGUCUUAGAUGAAGGGACUUCUCCCCUACUGAGAGCUGAAAUUUCCCAAUAGACUAUGGGUCAAGCUCCACCACUGCCAAGUGGACAAGAAAUUAAUCCAAAUGAAUUUACAUCAUAAUAGUUAAGACUAAGAUUUUAUCACAGUUAUUUUUAGCAAAAGGCAGGGACAGGUCACUGGCAAUAAACAAAAAUUCACUGAAGCCCGUGACUUGUCCCUGAUGUUUACUAAAAAUAACUGAUAAAAUGGGGCUGAUGGGGGGAUGAAAGCCUGAGUCCUGCUGUAGCAGGGGUCUAGCACCUGCUGCCACUGUGGCUCACAGCUCUGGGGUCCCCCUGCUGCCUGCGGAAGCUGGAAGCUGGGGGGGGGGAGCCCUAUGUCCACAGUGGCUCAGAGCACCAGCUUCCCUGACAGCUUCAGCCCUGCCCCCAUGGGGCUGAAACGGAAAGUGUCAUGGAGGUCUCUGAAAGUCAUGGACUCCUGGACUUCUGUGACAUAAUCUAAGCCUUAAUAGUAUACAAAACCUUCCAUUGCAUUACUGCGUAGGAGGUAUAUUUCAAGGGGUCAGUUGGCUAAUGGUUUGACAUAUGGUAAGAUUGUUUUUGCAAGCUCUAAAAAAUUAGCAUUUGGUCUGUUGGGGCGUAGGAAUACCAAAAUGCCAGAUACAGUAUUAUAUGUCAUGUAGUUAAAGUUUAAACCCAAUCAUCUGACCAAACGAUUUGGCUUCACAGGAAAGAGGUUGCUAGUGCUCAGUUAAAGUGAUCUUUUGUUAUAAAGACAAGACAUGUUGGAUGUUGCUGCAAUAUCAUGCUGCAGAACUAAGGAAAUUUGCAUUUGUGAAGCUGUGCCUUUUCGAGACACUACAGCUAUCGCUGUGGCUUUAAAUGUGUCCUAAAAUUGUACCUUUUCUAAACUAAUAUCGAACAAAGCUUUUCUUUUAUUAGUAUGUUAAUUAUGAAAACCAAAAUGUCUGCAUUCAUAGCUAUAUUUGUUCAUCUGUAUAUUUGUAACGUGUCGUUACUGAAUAACAAACUUCAUUUUGAAGUGCAGUAAGCUUUCAUGGGCUACCCAUGUGUGUUGACAAUGUGCCAUGCAAUAAGUACAUGGCAACUAGACAAAUGUGUUAUACAUUUUUUAUUAUGGUUUCAUUUUAAGUUUAGAUUCUCCUGCAACUGUUACAUAGAAGAAACCUUUUACCCUCGAUACAAAGUAAAUGUAAAGUCUUUGCAUUAACAUUUGGUCUUAUUAGGAAGCUGUUAAUUAUGCAAGUCUUCCACAGUUAUCAAAGAUUUAUUGGUCUAUAAUACUGAGCACUUUACUUCCUAAUAAAGAUUUUACAUAUGAAAACCA